CAACCCGUUCCUGGAAACACUAUGUUCUCCUGCAACACUAGCACUUCAGGUCAUUCUACUUUCCUCCUCACUGGCUUUCCAGGCCUGGAAGCUUCUCAUCAUUGGGUUUCCAUCCCUAUCAACCUCAUCUGUGUAUUUUCCAUUCUGGGUAACAGUAUCAUCCUCUUCUUAAUACGCACGGACCCAGCCUUACAUGAACCCAUGUACAUCUUCCUGUCCAUGUUGGCAGCCUCUGAUCUGGGCCUCUGUGCCUCCACCUUCCCAACUAUGGUGCGGCUCUUCUGGCUGGGUGCUCGUGAGCUGCCCUUUGAUCUCUGUGCAGCACAGAUGUUCUUCAUCCAUGCCUUUACCUAUGUGGAGUCUGGUGUGCUGCUGGCCAUGGCCUUCGACCGCUUUGUUGCCAUCCGGGACCCUCUGCACUAUGCCACAAUUCUUACCCACUCAGCCAUGGCUAAAGCAGGAGCUGCCAUCCUGUUGAGGGCUGUCCUGCUCAACCUCCCAGGACCCAUCCUUCUGCGGCGUCUUCUCUUUCCUCAGAUCAGUGUACUCUCUCACUGUUACUGCUUGCACUGUGAUCUUGUGGGACUUGCCUGCUCAGACACCCAGAUUAACAGCUUGUUUGGCCUGGUCUCCAUCCUCCUCUCAUUGGGUCUUGACUCCUCCCUCAUCGUGCUCUCCUACGCCCUGAUCCUACGGACUGUGAUGGGCAUCGCAUCAUCUGGGGAACGGCUUAAGGCACUCAACACAUGUGUCUCACACCUCUGCAUUGUUCUUAUCUUUUAUUUGCCCAAACUGGGGCUGUCUGUGUUGCACCGAGUAGAGAAGCACAGCUACCCUGCCCUGGCAGUGCUCAUGGCCAACCUGCACUUCUUGGUCCCGCCCUUCAUGAACCCCAUCGUGUAUUGCAUCAAGUCUAAGCAGAUCCGUCAGGGCCUCCUAAAGCGCUUCCAGGAGAAAAGGGUUGAUGUUUCCUAG